AUGGCCAGCAAAACCGUGGAUGGUUACACGUGGGAGCCCGCCACAGGAGUUGUCAAGGGCCUCAAAACGGACGCCGUUGUCAAACCUGCCCAGUCACUCGGUAGCAAAGACAACAUCUAUGAUGCUGUGGUGAUCGGUGCAGGCUACGCCGGCCUUGCUGCAGCGCGAGACUUGGCGCUCGCAGGCACGUUUUGGUCCUCCUCGUACUCUGGUCGAAGUGUUUUGCUGCUGGAAGCCCGUGAUCGCAUCGGAGGUCGAACAUAUACCGUCAAUAAAGAUGGAUUCCUCUACGAGAUGGGCGGCACUUGGGUUACGCACCACAUGGGUUAUCUGUUCCGCGAGAUGCAGAGAUACGGCAUGGAUCGCGACCUUGUCACCACGGGAAGCCCGGACAUGCACAAAGGCUACUACACAAUGGAUGUUCCAGGAGCCAAGCCUCGGACGCUCAGCCAUGAAGAAGCCGGCGCCAUGCAAGCCAAGGCCUGGGAUGUAUUUGUCAAUGUCGAUGGCCAGUACGGUCGCACACUCUGCCCACUCCCCCACGCUCAGCUAGACAAUAUCAUGGUUGAUCGAGAAACGGUGGAGAAAUGGGACCAGUUCUCAUGUCAGGACCGUUUUGACCAAAUUCAAGACCAGCUCACUACCGAGGAGCAAGGUCUCCUGGUCUCUCUUCUGCUGCACAUCUCAGGCGGCGACAUGCAGACCUCCAGCCUCUGGGACAUGAUCCGAUCCCAUGCUUUGCUCAUGCAUAGCUCGGAUAAUUUUACCGACGUCUGGCUUCGAUACAAGCUCCGGGCCGGACAGACCGAGCUUGCAAAGCGGAUGUUUCACGAUGCGAAAGCCCGGGGUAUCGACUACAGCUUUUCAUCACCCGUACAGUCCAUAUCGCAGGGAGCGGAGAAAGACGGCGAAAUCACCGUCGCAACACAUGGCGAGGGGGCUUUCCGGGCUCGGCGCGUCAUCAGCACUAUUCCCCUCAACGUGCUCAAGGACAUCGCGUUCUCGCCACCCCUCUCCAAGAAGCGACAAGAAGCCAUUGACAUUGGCCACGUGAACCACAUGACCAAGAUACACGCCGAUGUGCGCAAUCCGGAGCUGGAACGAUGGAACGGUAUGCGGUUCCCAGGCCUGUUGCUGUAUGGCUACGGCGAUGGCCGCCUGCCGAACGGCAAUGUGCACCUUGUUGCGUUUGGUGCCGACGAGCGCGAACAUUUCGUCCCAGAGAAGAAUCCCGAGUUGGCUGUGGAAUCGUUCAAUAAGCUGCAUCCAAUGGAUAUCCAGAGAUUGAUAUUUCACAAUUGGAGCACCGACGUGUACGCAAAGGGAGGACCGGCUUGGUGGCGGCCCGGAUACAUGUCCAAGUAUCAGGACGAGCUCCAGAGCCGCCAUGGAAAUAUUUUCUUUGCCUCGGCCGAUUGGGCGCAUGGGUGGCGCGCGGCGAUUGAUGGUGCGUUGGAACAGGGGUCUUUGGCUGCGCAGUCGGUUGAUGGCGAACUCGGGCCUAGUAGACCUUCUGCUGCCGUUGAGAGUAAACUGUAG